AUAUAAUUAUUGUCGUCGUCGGACGUCGACCGUCCCGUCGUUGUCGUUCUCUCUCACUCUCAGUGCUCUGUUUGUAGUCUUAUUUAGAGCAGAUAGAUAGAUAGAUGAUUAAAAUAACAUGAAUCCAUCCUAGGCCAGGCCUAUUUGAUAUCUAAGCCGAAUCAGUUUUGAUUUAAUUUUUAUAAUGGCUUUGCUAUUUUAACCUAGAGUCCUCAAUGGAAGUUUGAGACUCAAGCAGCCUAAUUUUCAAAACAAGGUCCUAUCCUACCAUCAACAUUUGGAUUCAUAAGAUAUCAUUGAUUACAUAGCUUCUCUAGGAAAAUGGAUACAGAGCUUUGUGAUAGCUUAUUGAAAUGGCUUCAAACAUUUGACCUUGAAUCUCCGCAUGACAAACCUGAGGAUGUUCAGGAUGGAGUAGCAAUGGCCCAGGCUCUACACCAAAUAGAUCCAGAGUGGUUUAGUUACAAUUGGUUGAGUAAGAUUAAGACAACAGACACCAGAAAUUGGAGACUCAAGGUUAGUAAUUUGAAAAAAAUACUGGAAAGGAUUACUGACUAUUAUCAAGAUGUUUGCAACCAGCCUCUUCAUGAGUCGGGAAAACCAGAUGUUACAAAAAUAGGUGAAAAAUGUGACCCUACGGAGCUUGGCCGUUUACUUCAACUUAUUUUGGGAUGUGCUGUAAACUGCAGUCAGAAAGAGAGGUACAUAGAACGGAUCAUGUCUCUGGAGGAGUCUGUGCAGGUGGUAAUCAUGAGAUCCAUUCAGGAGUUGGAGAGUAUGCAUGGAUCCACCAACUCAUACCCGUUUGUGACAGCCACUCUGAGUGAGACUGAGGCUCAAGUGCAGAAACUACUGGUAGAUCUGCAGACUGCAGUGGAGGAGAAAAACCAAACUGUGCAGAGGUGUCUCAAACUGGACAUGCAGGUUCUUCAGUUACAAGAAGAGAAGGCAAGUUUAGAAGAAGAUAAGAAGAGACUUAUGGAACGUUUACAGGAAGAUCCAUUGACUGGAACUUCUUUGUCACAUAGACAAAUAAAAGAUCUUAAAGAACAGAUCUUCAAACUAGAAACAUCACGAGAUGACUACCGAAUGAAAGUUGAAUUACAAGAAAAAGAAAUGCUAGAGUUACAAUCAAAACUGGAUACAUUACAACAAACAGCUGGCGAAGCUCGGUUGCUGAAAGAUGAGGUUGACAUUCUCAGAGAGACUGCGGACAAAGUGGAGAAAUACGAAGCUACUAUCCAAUCUUACCAAAAGAAACUUGAAGAGCUCGGUGACCUUAAAAGAGAAUGUAAAGUUUUAGAAAGCAAAAAUGUAGAACUACUUGAACAAAAUGUUGAACUGGAAAAGGAAUUGAAAAAGUCAGCUGCCUGGAAAACUCAGGUGGAAGUGUACAAAAAGCAAAUAGCAGAACUUCAUAGCAAAUACAACGAAGAAACUAAACGAGCAGACAAAUGUGAAUUUGACUACAAAAAGACAAAUGAGCAACUAAAAGCCGUCACAAGAGAAAAAGAGAGCCUAAUGAGUGAACGAGACCUUCUAAAAGAGACAAAUGAAGAGUUACGUUGUUGUCAACUGCAGCAACGAAAUGACAAUGCUGCGUCAGUGAAUCAGUUACAAGACAACAUCAUCUCACAGGCUGAGCUUAAACAAAAAGUUGUGAUGCUGGAACAUAAAUUACGUUUAAGCCAGCAGACCUCCGAAGAUGAAAAGUUGUCAGUGGUCCAAUCUUUACUAGAUGACGCCCAACAACAAAUUAAUCAGCUAAGGCUAGAAAAUAGACAACUAAAUCAGCGGAUUAUGGAACUUGAGGGAGAAGUUACUGAUUUACAUGAGAGAGGGGAAGACAGUGUAUCUACUCUGAAAGUGAAAAUAAAAGACUUGGAAAACAAACUUCAGCAAGAAAAAGAACAAAGAACAGCUGAGCUGGAGGAAAGGGAGAUGGCUCUUGCAGAGAAAAAACAAAUAAUUACUUUGAUGCAAGAAACAAUCAGCCAAAAAGAGCUUGAAGUACAGGAAUCUGAAGACAAAUACAAGAAAUGUAUAGAGAAAGCGAAAAAUGUUGUCAAAGCUAUGGAUUCUAAACAAGUGCCUUCAUCAAUGGAACUCAAUAUCCUUCGCAGUCAACUUCUAGAGCGGCAGAAGAUGAUCACUGACUUAGAGAAAGAAUGUGAGAAAACUAAAUCAUUAAAAGAAAUGGAGGAAAAGCUUAUUUCAACUGCCUUUUAUAACCUUGGCCAAGCGAGACAAAAGGAGUCAGUUGACCAUAGGUUGCAGAACCUAAAUCUUGGCCAGGGUCAAUCCUUCCUGGCUCGUCAGAGACAGCCUACGAGCCGACGGCCCCAGUCAAACUUCAACUCAAAAUAGUAUUUUCCUACAGUCACCUGACAAAUUGGGCUGCACUGAUAUUAGUACAGAAAGUUGCUAAUUGCUGCUUUUAAUUACUUUUGCCACACUCAUUUACUUUUGCCGCACUAUUUUUUUUGCCGCACACUAGUAUUUCAACCAAACAACACAAAACAGCGUGCUUUUAUCAGGCACGUAAUCCGCGUACGCUUGGAAAUAGGUUGGCAACACUUAAAGAUACUACGACUAUGAUCAGCUGGUCCAGCGUUUACUAUUUCGUUCAACACUUGGAUUUAACCUAUCCGAAAAACUUGUUGUAUAGUGUUGAAAAACUACUUUUUUAUAUUUAUAUGCUUUAUAGUAACUGUAGGAAAAAUAUAAUGUGUAACGCGAGUGCAAAGUGCCUUUGCUGCACUCAAAAAACUUUCCACACUCGCCUGCGGCACGUUACACAAAUAACUAUUUAUUUUCAGCUUUAAUCACCCUUAACCAUUUUCAAAGUCACCUUUCUAGUGCCUUACGCCACUAGAUUUUCUGUCAGGUGUCUGUGCUAUGUUAAGCACCACAUAUUCUAAACUAUCAAUAGACUAUCAAUGUGCAUGUAAAGGUUGUAUUUGUUACAACAUAUAUUUAUAUAGAAAUGAUUGAUUCACAUUAAUGAACAUACGUGUAUUUAUUGUUGAAAAUGUCUGAUAUUAUAGUCUAAUGAGCAUGAUUAGGAAUAAUGAAUUGUAUUUAAAAUAAUUGUUGACUAUUGAUGUAUUAUAUUAAUUUUUAAACAAUAUGUUUCUAUUCUAUUGAACUUGAUUUUAAUAUUGUUUAUUACUUUUCAGUAUUUUGUAGAUAUGU